CAGAGUUCAGUCUACGUUUUGGAAGCAACCUGAAAACAUCGGUCGACUAAAAAAAAAAUAAUAAACCAAAUUUAAAACCAAAAAAUAAUAUUUUUUUUAUAAAAAAGUAAGAAAUAAUUUUGGUGAGUAAAAAAAGUUCAAGAAACGAUGGCCAGUACAAUUAAGAAGGUAAUCCCCAUGCUGGACAGGAUCCUUAUCAAGCGGUUUGAGGUAAAGACUACCACUGCGGGUGGCAUCCUGCUGCCGGAGGAGUCUGUACCCAAAGAGAUGCAGGGCGUCGUUGUGGCUGUCGGACCCGGUGCCCGGAAUCCAGCUGGAGCUGGGCACUUAUCCGUUGCCGUGAAAGAAGGGGAUCGAGUGCUGCUUCCCAAAUACGGCGGCACAAAGGUAGACAUGGAUGACAAAAACGAAUACGUUCUUUUCCGGGAGAGCGACAUUUUGGCGAAACUGGAAUAAAACAUUGGCGAAACACUCUUUAUCUGGCGAAACACUUACCACAUCAAGACUUCAAACAAACAAGCAAGCACUACCACCACAUUAGGGGCACUCCAAGCUUCACAACGAAACAAAGAAUCAAAC